CCAGUGGUAAAUGGUCAAGAACCAUGCUGGAAGCAUCUGAACAAGCAGGGCUUUCUCCUGUUUGCUUCCCCAGUCUUUACUGCAGCUUUGCUUCAUUCAUCUUUGGACGUGGAUAGGAAAGCACAGUCAGUGCAAAAAGCAAAGGGGGAACAUUUCUGAAUGCUUACAGGAUGAAUUUCCAUAACAGUACAACAACAUCUGCUCCGCGUGCAAAUAUUGGAAGCUCUCCAACAAGCACAGAUAUUGCAGUCAUUGGAGGUGUCAUUGCAGCUGUGGUUUUAGUCUUGAUUUGCCUCUUGGUGGUGAUGCUGAGGUACAUGUACCGGCACAAGGGGACCUACCAUACCAAUGAAGCAAAGGGAACUGAAUUUGCCGAAAGCGCAGAUGCUGCUCUGAAAAAUGACCCUACCCUUCAAGAUGCCAUGGAUGAGAACCGAAAAGAAUAUUUCAUCUGAAAGCAAAGGCAGCACCCUUGAGGCACCCUUUGUUUUUCUCUCCUUCACAAGGGUCAAUGCAUUUUUUUUUUAAAAAGGCAGCAGGAUAUGGAGAUUACACAAAAGAGAACAAGGCGACUAAUUGAAAUAUUGCUGUUUAACAACAGCAAGGACUGGAUGCCAGAUCUAUAGCUGUUUAUUUGAUUAACCACACCGUUCAGUUCAAUAUCAGAUGAACAGAAAGAAAAGUCUCAGGAUGAACGAUUUAACUGAUAGCAGAUAAAAGCAUCAAAUGUCAAAUCCUGACAUUUGGCAAAAAUAUCUGGGUUGAUGGAAAGCCCCUUCAUAGAUAUACUGAUUCAUCUCUAUUGAUAUAAUUUCUUGAGGUGAAUUUACAGCAGCAGGGGAAAAAAACCAAGCAUAAAAAAAGGAAGGUGGCCCAAGAAUAUUGGCCAUCAUUCGUGUAUCUUGGUUUUUCUUAACCUGCAAAAGCUUAUCAAUGUGAAUAUGCUUAUUUGCUUGAUCAUUCUUUUUUUUUUUUAAGAAUGCCCUGAAGUUGUUUCUGCUUUGUUAUGUUUUUUAAAACAAUGUCCUAGCAAUCCGAUUCUCACAGGAAAAGACAGAGAAAAGUUUUAAAAAUGAAAGAAUGUCAUUUCUGGAUAUUUCUUGCAGUGGACAUAUCUAAGAGAUGGGUUUAUUGACUUCUUGACCUUUAAUGCCAUAUCAAUUAUUUUGAACUUGUACUUUUAUUUUAAAUAGUAGAGCUCUCUACCUCCAUCGGGUAUUAUCUGCUUAAUGCUGAGAGUGAUCUCAGUAUUUAAACAGUAGCAGUUUAAAUUCAUUGAGGUAGUUCUACCUCAACUGAGGGUGAGCUGUGGAAAAGAGAAUUUUAGAAGCACAUGCAAAACCAAUCAUUUAAGUUCACAUAGGGGAGUCUUUUCUUCCGAUUGCCUGAAAAUAGAAUGAGAUGCAGGAAAAUAAAAGUGCUUGAUUAGUCU